AUGUCCAUUCGCGCUCAGCAGCGAAAGCUUUACAGCAAGACCAACAUCAACAUCACCGACAACAUCGAGAGUGACAACAGCGAGCGAACCCCGUCACUGCCAUCAGAAAAGGAUGAGGUUGAGCUUGAGGCCUCAGAUGCUCUGCCAUCUCGUGCUCCAUCGCAGGCGGAGAGGUUGGCCCGGGGGGCAUACGAGAGCCCGUCGCUCGAUGAGGGCCAGGUCGACCUGUCCCUGGUGACUAGCAACUCCGUCCUCGAAGAUGCUGGCCAGAGGCCUGUGGCGAUUCAGUACAUGAAGGUCUGUCAAGAACGGAAGAUCCCAACCCUGCGGUCCAUCCUCCGAGACCCUUCCUCGGGCCACGUCGACGGUUCUCACUCGAGGAUCGACUGUGCUGCCAUAGCUGGAGUAGCGGUGAUUGUGCCUCAGCUGGCCGGGCUCAAGUCCAUGGUGCUCAAGGACAACCGGAUCUGCGACAGGGGCUGCAGAGAUCUGGUGGACGCGCUGCUAUCAACCUCAGCAGGGAUCCAGCUGCUGAACUUGGAUCAGAACAGGAUAGGAAGGGGAGGAGCAGAGGCGCUCGAAAUGCUGAUGGCGGCGGGAAAAGUAGAGGACUUGUCGGUCGCUAAGAACAAGAUGGGAGAUGAAGCGACGGCGCGGAUGCUGAAGGGGCUUCUCAGCAGUGAGUGCAAAGUGGAACGACUGAACAUCUCAAGCAACGAGGUUCGUGCAGACAUCAGCUGGAACUCGAUACGAGGGGCGUGGGCGGGAGAAUUCGUUCGCAGCUUGUCAAACAACACAACGUUGAAGCAGCUGAACGCUUCCUGGAAUGGACUCGGAGGGUCAGAGGCACUUGCAAAAGCAAUCGAUACACCGAGGAGCGAUGCGUCGCAGGACAAGAACGUCUUUCAAGUUCACCCUCAGGGCAACGUGGCACCAGCUACCAUCUUGUACCUGAGUCACUGGCUGAAGCGAACGAAAGCUCUUGACGAGCUUGACCUCAGCCAUAACAGAAUCUCGUCCGAAGGGGGCGUAAUGCUUGCAGAGCUUGAACGGCAACCCGAUCGCCCAGUCGGGGUCGCGGUCCAUCUGGUCAGCCACGGCCUCGAGGUCAGGACCGCGUUUGACAACGGAGAAAGGUUCGGACUGAAGCGUCAAAUCUUCCUUAACGACUGUGGGAUCACACGAGUAGACGCCCAUGCGUUCGACCCGUCUGAGCCUGCUGGCAAGUACUCGUUGGAUCUCGAGCUCAGUUACGCCCGCACGGUGUUGCGAGGACUUCUGAGACUCUCAAUACAAGGAGAUGGUCAGAUCGAAGACUGCAAGCUUGACGGCAAACCUUUCUCAGUCAAAUUUGCGACUGAGAUGGCUGAGGAUGACUGGAACAUCCCGACUGCUGGGCUUCUGUUUCUCACCUUCCACAACCUCAAGGUCCUUCCCCCUUGUCAGCUGGACUGCGUGCUGGGCUCUCUGACGUUUGUGUAA